AGGAGGAAGACGCGCUGGUGACGUACUAUUGUCGGCAGCAAUCGCGGUAAAAACGAAUCCGUGAACAGAAAGGACUAAGGAACUCCCGGGCCGGGGGGGAGCCAGACAUGCCCAUCCGCGCCCAGUGUACCAUCUGCUCUGAUUUCCUCGAUCACCACAGCGAUGUGGCGGCUAUUCACUGCGGACACACCUUCCAUCACCAUUGCCUGCAGCAAUGGUUCACCUCUGCUCCAAGCCAAACAUGUCCUCAGUGCCGCAUCAAGGUCAGUAAGCGUCAGAUCAUAGAGAAGCUUUUCUUUGAUGUUGGUUUGGAGGAUGAGACGACGCUCGACCCGGAGUCACUAAAGAAUGAAGUAGAUAGAAUAAAAGCAAACCUUCAUACCAAAGAGAAGGAGAAGAGGGAAUGUCAGAAUCUAGUGGAUUCAUUGCGGGAGAUGCUGGACAUCCGGAACGUCACCAUAGAAUCUAUGCAGAAGAAGGUGAAUGAGCUGGAAAUGCUGUGCUCCUCUUUGAAGAGACAGAUGAAAUUCUUUGAUCAGCAACAAUCGGAGACUAAGGCUGCAAAGGAGGAAGCACGUAGACUGCGGAAUAAGCUACGGAACCUGGAGAGCAUUGAGGUUUUGCUACAGUCUCAACGCCCAGAGGUGGAGACCAUGAUCAAGGAUAUGGGCUCAGGAGCAGCUGCUGUGGAGCAACUGGCUAUAUACUGCGUCUCAUUAAAGAAGGAGUAUGAGAAUCUGAAGGAAGUGCGGAAAUCCUCAACGGAAAUGAUGGAAAAGCUGAAGAAGGAAUUAUUUUCUUCAAACAACAAGGCUCAGAAAGCACAGCUGGAACUGGUGAAGGCACGGGAGGAUCUUGGUGCCACACAGAAAGAGCUGGAGAAUGCAGACAGGGAAAUCAUGAGUUUGAAGAAGAAAGUGGAGUUCCUUCAGAAGACACUAAGCACGCCGACCGCAACCAAUGAAGCCAUCAGCCGUCUUAUAUUUGAGAGUCCUGCCCCUAUUGGAUUGCAAAGGCCUAAGCUCCGUCCACCAAUGCUGGGAGAUGACAUUAACUUAGACCUCAGCUUUGACGUUAACACGCCAGAACACCCUACACAGAAAAUAACCAUCGCUCCUUCGAAGAAGAUAAAGCUGGACAAUUUUCCUGUGAGCAGCCGAACUAUGAACACACUGCAGGACUCUAAAGGAUUAACAAACUUUGCAGGGAGAAUAAAUGCAUUGGUAGAAAAGGAGGAUGUGCAAGAUGAUAUCAUGCUGCCAUCAUUUAUAAAGAACUCCCUGCUGCACAAGAAACCAGUGAAGUUUGAAACCAUGAUGAGUUCACAGCAGAACACGGGGGUUGUAAGGACUGGAUUUGAUGGAUUGGGUGGACGUACAAAGUUUAUUCAGACUAGUAGUGUCACGGAAAUACGCCCUCUGCUAUCCAAGAUGAAAAGGAAAAAGGUUUCCAGGCCAGUCCCUUCCAGCACCGUAACCUCCAAUCAACCACGACUUGAAGACUUCUUAAAGUAAAUACUUUACUGGACGACCAUGGACUAGUAGAGGAACCUCCAUUACCAAUGCUAUUUAUAGGGGUCAUUUUAAAUUGGGGAAAUUCUAAAUGAGUGGAAGUCCCAGUCAUUGUUUUGGUGAUAAACCAAGGCUGCGUACCUACAGCUAUAACUGUCUGUGUAGUUUUCCCAAACUGCUCAGUAGAAAAUAUUACAUGUUGUAUGUCAUCUUGAAGCGGCAUAUUACCUAUGGGUAUUAUGUAUACCCACCCUUCAGUGUAUAUAUUGCUGUAAACUGGGGACUUCUCUAAUCUGUAUACCCUGUCGUAACUUGGUCUCUGCUGGUCAGAAUACAGACUAGACUGCACUCUCUUCUGCUGGCUUAUUAUACUUAUGUGUGUAUAUAUAUGGUAUUUUUUAUAUACAUGUCUUCUGUUCUCUUUGAAUGAAUUCCACUGCUGCAGAGUGAUUGUAACUUCUUUUUAUUGUCAGUUUAUAAACAUGUGACCUUUUUCUUUCGGUUUUGAAAUAAAUGAUCCUAUGACUGUGGGGUGAAUCUGCCUGACAUGAGGUGGACAUUCCCAAAAAGUGA